UUCUCUACUUUUCUUCCUCCCCGAAACCCUCGCCUGCGCCUUACCCUUCCGCUUCCCCCUCCCGAUUUCGUAUAAAGCAAUCGCCUUCGUGACCGAACCCUCGCGAUUAAGUCGCGAUUAGAGCUAGCUGGGAAGGCAACGACGGCAUCAAGGCCUACGAAGUCGUCCAAAAAUCCCAUCUUUCUCCUCCUUCUGCUCCCCUCCUACCCGAAACCAUUGAGGAAGGAUUAGAAAAUCAAAUUUGAAGAAGAGACAGAGAUUCAACCCUCAGGUGUUUUUGUAUAGUGGUAAAGAAUGCCCAGGGAGUUGAUUAACGCCAAUCCUGUUGUGCAUGGAAAGAAAGAAAGGCGGUUUAGGGAUGAAUCACUAAAUACUGAUGAGUAUGCUGAAGAGCCUAUUGAUCAACAAGAAAUUUUCGACCAUGUAAGGGAUAUAAAAGACCCAGAACAUCCAUAUUCAUUGGAAGAGUUGAAUGUUGUUUCUGAAGACUCAAUUGAAGUUGAUGACAAGUUAAACCAUGUCAGGGUCACUUUUACGCCUACCGUUGAGCAUUGCAGCAUGGCUACAAUUAUUGGACUUUGCUUGCGUGUGAAACUUAUGCGCAGCCUUCCUUCACGUUACAAGAUUGAUAUAAGGUUGGCACCGGGGAGUCAUGCAACAGAAGCUGCAGUGAAUAAGCAGUUGAAUGACAAGGAACGUGUAGCAGCUGCAUUGGAAAAUCCAAACCUUGCUGAAGUUGUUGCUGAGUGCUUGGCACCUACUUUUGUUUAGAUUCUCUGUAUAUGUUGUCCUGCACACCUGAAGCUUCUUUACUUUGUCAAGGGCUGUCACACACCACAGGAAUUUUUGUUCAUUUAUUUCUAAAGCAUAACCAACUUUGUUGUAAUAUGUAAAAUUUCUUGGGCAUUUAUGAAAUAAACUGUU